AUGGUUAAUUUGAAGCCAGUAAACAGCGUGGCAAAAGAAGAAGAAACUAGAAAGCAUCUCGUGGUGGUCAAACCUUUUUCGUUAGAAGAUGAGAAGGAUUCCGAGCACACAGCUUUUAAUGUCAUCCGACGGCUCUUUAGCCUCUUGAAGGACGUGCGCCCAGGAACUGAUCUCACCGAUUUUACUCUGUUGCCACCUCAGUUGAACCAACCAAGAUCACAACUCCAGAUUUACGGCGAGAUGAUCUAUAGUUUCGGCGGCCAAGAUCUGCUGGGAGAAUGUAGCCGCCGCAAUUCUCCCAUCGAACGGCUCAAAUCUGUGGUGACAUGGAACAUCUCCAAACUCCGCCCGGUAGUCUUUGGCAUGUCACCGUACAAUCCUGUUCUUGGGGAGACUCACCACGUCUCCAAUGGUCACAUCAACGUUCUCUGCGAACAAGUAUCACAUCAUCCACCGGUGUCCGCACUCCAUGCUACUCACGAGAAGGAAAAUAUUGACUUCACGUGGGUUCAAUAUUUCACUCCUAAAUUUCGUGGUUCUUACGUUGAGAUUGAGGCAAAGGGUAAAAGAGUAUUGAAGCUUCUGAAUCGAAAAGAGACGUACGAGAUGGACCAACCAAAACUAAUUAUGAGAUUCUUACCGACGGCGGGAGCUCACUGGGGAGGUAAAAUCAAAAUAAAGUGUCUCGAGACCGAUCUUGAAGCUGAGUUAAACAUGAACUCCGGUUCCUUCAUCGAACGAUUAAGAGGCAACAAUAGAUCCAUCAAAGGAAAGAUCUCCGAAUCUUCCUCUGGGAAUAAGCUCUACGACAUCUUUGGCCGUUGGGACAGAACAAUAAUGGCAAAAAAUAUGAAGACUGAUGCGGUCGAGGUUAUUUAUAAUGCCAAGGAGAAUAUCUCAGGACUCAAACCUCCAAUUGUCAAAAAUCAGCAGGAGGUAAUGGAGAACGAAUCGAUAAUGGUGUGGAAUGAGCUAAGUGAAAAGAUACUGAAGAACGACUGGGAACGAGCAAGAGAAGCUAAAAAAGCUGUGGAGGAGAAACAAAGAGAGUCUUUAAAACAGAGAGAGGCUUCUGGUGAGUCUUGGGUUUCCAAGCAUUUUUUAGUGGUCAAAGAUGGUAAAGAUUGGGACUGCUCACCGCUACAGUCUAUGGUUCCUCAGGCUCCACUCGUCAUUACAGAGCUACACUGA